GGAGAAGAGGGGAGCGCCCGGGAUUUGGAGGGGCGCGCGUAAAGAGAGCUUCCCCCCGGAGGCGGCGAUUCCCUUUGUGGCUCCAAAGGAAUCGCCAUCCUAUUCUAUGCCAUCAGAAGGCAGUUAUUCAUGUAAAGUGGGGAACCGGCGGGACUGGCAGUAACACUGGGAGAGCGUCCCGUCCCUGAUCUCUGGGAGCCAAAUCAACAAUGGCCACCAAGCCUGGGGGGCCAUCCACUUGGGUUCUCCGAUUCCCUUCGCCAUUGGAACCAGGGGUCCAAAUCAGUGUCGAAAUGGAAGAGAGUUCCCCUCCUGUUGGGACCAUCAAGGAAAUCCUGAAGCGCUCACGGUCUCGGAAGGACCGGAUGGACCUGAAUGAAACGGGUGUGAAGCCCCAGUGUUGGGAAGUCCGGCAACAGUUGAUUCUGCCCACUCCAGAGGAUGUGGCGACUGAUGCCAAUGUUCCUGAGGAGACCCUGGACGAUGAUAUUGAGACGUGUGUGGUCCCUUUCGAUAAUGAACCUGAUCCCAAAGAAGAGAGAGGCACGAAAACAGAAGUGAUGGUUGGGCCAGAUUGUGUGAUUACGAUUGAAGAAGAAGAGGUUGGCCCCGAAGAAGAGAUGUCAGCAGUACCAAGGGCAGUGCUAGAGGAUGGCAUUGAGGCACGUGUCAUCUCCCCUCAAGGAGUGACUAAUACUGCUUGUGAAAAAGUGACCCAGCCCGAGGUGAUAGAUGGAGGCAGUAUUGACGAGGAGGUCCUGGAGUCCCCUGAGAAGCACAGGGAAGAAAAGGCUGUCCAGACGGAAGAGACGCUGGAGGACAGCCGUAAGUUCUGUGAGGCCUGUAUUAGGAAAGCAGCUGACUCCAGUGCAGAAGAGUCAACGCCGUCUGAGGUGAUGUCACAGGAGAGGGUGGCUUCCUCACAUAAAGUGGCUAAGCCUGGAGUGGCCCAUCAUGAAGGUGAAACCAAAGAGUCCUGUAAGAAUCCAGAAGUUGUGGAUAAGGGAGAUGAUCAGAAAGCUCAGGGAGCCGUUUUGGGAGAGGGUGGCAUUGUCAUAGAGACUGCGCGCCAGGGUUUCCGGUGGUUCCGCUACCAAGAAACCGAGGGCCCACGGAAGGCUUAUGGGCAACUACUAGAACUUUGCAGGCUCUGGCUGAAGCCAGAGAGCCGCACCAAGGAGCAGAUCUUGGAAUUGUUGGUGCUUGAGCAGUUCUUGGCCAUUUUGCCUCAACAAAUACAGACUUGGGUGUGGCAGCAGCACCCAGAGUCGUGCGCCCAGGCUGUUGAUCUGGUGGAAAACUUCCAGACGGGACUUUCGCUACUGCAGAGACACGGGAAGACGGCACUGGUGACCUUUGAAGAAGUGGCCAUGUAUUUCUCAGAGGAGGAGUGGAGACUCUUGAAUGAAACUCAGAGGCAGAUCUACCGGGAGGUCAUGCUGGAGAACUACGGGAAUGUCCGGUCACUGGGUUUCCCCAUUCAGAAACCCGAUCUGAUCUCCAGGAUGGAAAGCAGCAAGAACCAGGAGCCAUGUUUCCAUGACCCCCCCAAAUCUGAAGAAAAGGAGGUGCCAAGAGACGCAGAAGAUGCUGAGCUCUCAAGCGAGUCUGACUGUGAGGAACUGGUAACGUGGAAGGAAGACAAAGCUGCUGAUAAGCUGCCGGCUGCAUUAGGGUCUACGAGCCCUCUAGAAGCCUGGGAUACCACUGUCAAAAAUAACUCUCCCAGCAAGGAUGGGAACAGGCCCCGAUGGCAUCGGACUGAGCCACGCUUUGGAUGCCCCGACUGUGGGAAGACGUUCCCAUGGCAGUCGGCCUUGGCACGGCACCAGCUCUCUCACUCUGGAGAGAAGCCCUACCGGUGCGCUGACUGUCCAAAAAGCUUUGCUCAGCGCUCAAAGUUAUCCCGGCACCGACGCCUUCAUACGGGGGAACCCUCCUGUGAGUGCUCAGAGUGUGGGAAGCGCUUCUGUGAUCGCUACAAACUGGCUCGGCAUCAGAAGACCCACUCUGGCGAGCGGCCUUUCCGCUGUGAAGUAUGUGGCCGCGGAUUCUGCCUCAGCUCCAAUCUGCGGCAGCAUCGGCGGGUUCACACAGGAGAGCGCCCCCAUAGCUGUCCGGAGUGUGGCAGAUGUUUCAGCCGCCGCUCCAACCUGAUCCAGCACCUACGGGUACACCAACUGCAGUGGCAACAGCAAGGAGAGCAUGGUACGGAGCUCCAUGGGGUAGACUCGGAGCUCGGGCAAGGCUUUGACCUUUGCGAGGAGGAGUGGGAAUACGAGUGGAUUGCAGACACGCAGGAUGGGGAACAGAUAAGUGAGCUCCAUGCCGGGGGCUAUGAGGGACAGCCAAGCUCGGGCCUCCUCACUGGAGAUCAUCAAGGUGAGGAGAUCCUGGAGUUCUGCGUGGGGGAUUAUGAACAUGGGUGGACUUCUGAGAUCAUCAACGGACACCAUGAAAACAACACGCUGAUUGAGCUCCAACCUGAGAACCACGAAUCCCAGCCGGGUUUAGACCUUCAAUCCGGAGAUCACGAGAACGAGAUUGUGGAGCUCCGUGUGGGGGAUGGGGAUCACCAUGAGUGGAACAAGGAACUUGACGGUGAGGAUGAGGGCGAGGAUGAUGAUUGCCUGCUCAUCACUGAUGAUGGGCCGCCCCAUCCAGACAGCGGCAUGAAUUGCCCCAGCACGAAUUGCCCCAGCACGAACCUCCCGUCAGUCGACCAUGCCCACUUAGCAGAGAGUGAGACCCCCCAGUGCUCCGACUGCGGGCGGACAUUUACCCGGAACUCCAGCCUUUCCCGACACCAGCUGAUCCAUUCCACUGAGCACCCCCACGCCUGCCGGGAAUGCUGCCGUUCCUUCACUUUGCCCAGCCUGCUGGCUGAACACCAGAUCACUCACGCCUCUGGGCAGCCUCAUCCAUGCCCUGACUGCCCCAAAAGCUUCAGCCACCGUUCCAAACUGGUGCGCCAUCAGCGCAUCCACACGGGCGAGCGCCCUUUCCAGUGCGACGAAUGUGGGAAAAGCUACAGGGACGGUUCCACCCUCCAACGGCACCAGCGCAUCCAUGGCAAGCCCCCUUCCUCGGAGUCACUUCCUGUGCAGGACACAUCUCUCCCCUUCCCCGAUCCUGUGGUAGUGAUUGUUUAAAACUUCUGCCGAUCAAGACUUUGGAAGUUUCGUUGGGAGAAGCAUCCACUGUAUUGUGCGACUGGAAUUACUUGAUAUGGAUUAGCUACAUAAGAGGGUGCAUUGUCAUAGUGCAUUGUCCUGACUGUAAUUUUGGGGUGCUGGGGUGUUCCUGUUGCUGUUGUGGAAGAAUACCAAUUUGGAAUUAGUUGGAGAAAGGACUAGUGUUGAAGUGGGAGGAGACAAAGUAUCUGGGUUGGAAAGUUUGGAAGGAGGCAGGGAACCUGGAGACGCCCACACGACCUGCAGUUGUGAAUAUUUUGGGUCUAGUUUGCACCCAAAGAUUUGUUCAGGUUCACCUCUGGGUGUAGGAUUUGGGGCUUCCUCAGAAGUUCUGGGGUAACUAUAUGGGACAGUCUAAAUUCCCUAUAAGGUUGAUGUGUGUCAUUCGUGGCUCCUUGGCUCUAUGCUAUCUGAACUUGCCUUGGCGGUCAACCUGGGCUGCCCAUAUGACUCUGCUAACUUGCCUACCACCCUCUUAUUUUUUCCCCACCUGAUAGGUGGAAAUUGGCCCGAACUGUGAAGUGUCGUUCAAGCCACACCCCCAGUUUUGUUAGAAUUUCGUUCCGGGUACAAGCAUGGGUGGACUUCAAGUGGUUGAAGGGACGGGUCAGCAGGUGCCAGAAUCACCAGGUGCUGAACCCAGAAGGUCUGCCUUGAAACUUAUAAUAAGUGAGUGGAGGUGGGACAAGAUUUCUCCUUGUUGCAGUUGUAUCCUCAAGUUAGUAGAGGGGAAGUUCUGUGUAUGCCUCAAGGGCCCCAAACACCCCAAGAGAUCCACUUUCCAGAACAAAAACACUUUUGCACCCUGUACUGGUUACAUUGGAGCAGUCCACUCUGGGGCUUAGGGCAGGAUGCAUUGGUUUUAGGUGGUCUGCACUGUAAUGGUCACACGAACAAAGAGAAGCUGUCUCUGGACUGUACCACUUCAAAUUGCAGGUGCGGGAUUGCAUGGUGGUGAGUUUCUGUGAAAAAAUGCCAUGCGUCCACAAAGCUAGCUUGGAAUACUAGGGCGGAAUAUUUCUCUUUGACCUCAAAGCUUUGAUCUUAUGAACGAGUUCACGGGAUCAAGUUUCAGGUUGUCUGUGUGCAGGGAAAUGAUUUGCACGAAGGCGCAUUCAGCCAUGGUACAGUCUGAAAUGGGUUGGAAAGUUGGCUACAGUCCAGAAACAGGUUUACUGCCUCAUUCGCUAUUCGGGUGAACUCGGCCCAUUGCAGAAGUAAUAGAGAAUCUUUUCUUGGGAAGGAAGAGAGAUGCAUUUCUCUUCCCCGAUUUAUCCGUUACCCUCCAGCCCACCUCUGAGAGUUCCUUUCAGUUCUCAAAUAGUUUGCUCUAUGUUCUUCCUUCAGUGACCCUUCUCUCUCUCUUGUGGUGGGCUUGGUUUGCUGUAGUCUUAAGCUGUCCUCCUACGGUGUUCACAGGCAAAUGGAAACAGUCCUUCGAUUCAGGGUCACAGAAAGAGUAGCAGAUGAUCUCAAGGUGGUGGUUUGUAC